AUGCUGCCCCGAGACUCUUCCCCAGAGCUGUAUCCCCACCGGGCGUGUGAUGGCUGCCGGCGAAAGAAGGCUAGGUGUGACUCCAUAGACCACUCAUGCACAAACUGCCGAAGAGCUGGCCAAGCCUGCAGCUUUGAUAUUCCUCCGGGUAAGCGAGGGCCCAAGGGCAAGCCCAGACGCCGCAAUAUCAUCGACGUCCAACAUGAUACUCCUCAACAUGAUGUUCCCCAACAGCAGCAUUCGGCCCAGUCAUACCCCUGCUCUCCAGCCGCACAGUCUCCCCAGCAAGCACCCCGGAACCCUACGACCCUCCAACGAUAUCGACUUCUCGCCGACGCUGUUGCCCAGGCAUCCUCGUCCUUGAUCACGCUCGAGUCUGUGAUCCAGGAGUGCGCCGAUCUCUUCUUCAGAUACAUCGUCCCAUUCAACAUGUCGGUUCACGAACCCACUUUUCGCCACACGCUGAACCAGGCUCGCAGUUCGUCGCCGCCCGGAGCCUCUUUGACCGAGUCAAACUUCACCCUCAUCACUGCAGUGUGUGCCAAGGUCUGUUUCUUUGUGCCAUCGGAGCUAUUUCCGGUUGGCGCACGUCUCGCCGAGCCGUUCCUCGAGGCCUCGCGCAGUUGCUUCUCCACCUAUGCCGAAGCCGACCUCGAGAACCCCUGUGCCGACUCCAUCACCAUACGGUACCUUCACUCCAACUGCCUGCAUACCUGUGCAAGAUCAGUCAUAUCGUGGCACGUAUAUGGCGAGGCCGUCCGGCUGGCUCAGCGGAUGCGCCUUCACGAUGAAGACUCGUAUGUCUCCCUGCCGCCAAUCGAGGCAGAGAUGCGACGCAACGCCUUCUGGCAUCUGUACGUCGGUGAUAAGUCCUUGGCGGUGCUCCGAUCAAUGCCAAUGACUCUAUAUGAGUACUCUUUCGAUAAGGGCAUAACAGCGGCGUACCCCUCUGUCGAGCAAAAUGAGUUCGUUGAAGGCGUCAAUGCCGAUAUACGACUUUGGCAGUACGCAGCAGACCUGUUGCUGCGGAUGAGACUGAUCAAAAGCAGCCAGACUCCCGGGUCUGACCUGAGCGACGCUUCCUUGACAGCAGCCAGUUAUGAGACCCUGGGCCGGUUGUACGUCCGCUUCGCCACCUGUAUCGACCAUCUGCCACCACAUCUACAGCCGCACACUGCUUCGCUACUCGAAACCAAGGGCAAUGAUACUACGCACAACAAAUUCGCGGCUCAGAUAGCAGAUAUCUACGUAACAUAUCAUUGCUUAAAGAUGCACCUGACUAGGAAACUCGAGGAGGUUGGCUACUUUUCGCGGGUCGGUGAGUACAAGGAUAUGCUUGUGCUUAGAAAGACUGAGAUUGCAAGAGACAUGAUAGCGCUUUUGCAAGCGAUACCAUUCUGGUCUUUGAAAAUCAAUGGGGAGCCUUGUGCCGAGAAGAUCCGCCUGGUCGGCACCAGUUUGCUGGCCAUCAUCCAAGAGCCGUCGACACUUGCGCCCAGGGCCCGCGGUGACUUCAUGAUAGUGCUGGACAUCCUAUCUCGAUUGGAUUCCAAGGCGUCUGAUGCUCUGCGUCAAGAAAUGUUGUAG